GUUCAUUGGGUUUACAUUAAAUUCACGUGCAAUGCAUUGACUGUCACUCUGAGCGCCAAAAGCACACAAAACACCAAACAUUUGCCAUUUAAUCGUCUUUUUGUGUCACUAAUUGUCACCUAAUUAUGGGAACCGCUGAUGCCAUGGAUUGCACUGCCGCUGAUAAUCCUAACAUUCACUGGGUGGAGAAGUAUCGCCCGAAACAAUUGGAUCAAUUGAUUUCACACCACAAUAUCAUCAGCACAUUGAGCAAAUUUAUGGCAGAGAAGCGGUUACCACAUCUGCUUCUGUACGGCCCGCCCGGCACUGGAAAGACGUCGACAAUCCUGUCGUGCGCUCGACAGCUGUAUUCACCACAACAGAUGUCAUCAAUGGUUCUCGAGUUGAACGCGUCGGACGAGAGGGGCAUAGAUGUGGUGAGGGGUCCGAUACUGAACUUCGCCUCCACUAAAGCCGUAUUCAAGUCUGGCUUCAAACUAAUCAUUUUGGAUGAAUGCGAUGCCAUGACGAACGACGCCCAGAACGCCCUCCGCAGAAUAAUGGAGAAGUUUUCCACGAACACCAGGUUUUGUCUCAUUUGUAACUAUCUCUCGAAGAUAAUACCGGCCCUACAGUCCCGGGUGGAGAAGUAUCGCCCGAAACAAUUGGAUCAAUUGAUUUCACACCACAAUAUCAUCAGCACAUUGAGCAAAUUUAUGGCAGAGAAGCGGUUACCACAUCUGCUUCUGUACGGCCCGCCCGGCACUGGAAAGACGUCGACAAUCCUGUCGUGCGCUCGACAGCUGUAUUCACCACAACAGAUGUCAUCAAUGGUUCUCGAGUUGAACGCGUCGGACGAGAGGGGCAUAGAUGUGGUGAGGGGUCCGAUACUGAACUUCGCCUCCACUAAAGCCGUAUUCAAGUCUGGCUUCAAACUAAUCAUUUUGGAUGAAUGCGAUGCCAUGACGAACGACGCCCAGAACGCCCUCCGCAGAAUAAUGGAGAAGUUUUCGACGAACACCAGGUUUUGUCUCAUUUGUAACUAUCUCUCGAAGAUAAUACCGGCCCUACAGUCCCGGUGCACGCGAUUCCGGUUUGCGCCGUUAAACUCAACACAAAUCAUACCACGAGUUGAAUACAUCGCGAAACAGGAGUCCGUGAAUGUGACCACUGAUGGCAUCAAAGCCCUCAUCGACUUAUCGGACGGCGAUAUGAGAAAAGUGUUGAAUGUAUUGCAGAGCACAUCCGCCGCCUUCGAUGUGGUCGAUGAGCGCAAUGUCUACCUGUGCUGUGGACGACCUCUUAAGGAGGACAUCGAGCACAUCAUCAGUUUACUAUUGAACGAGAAGUUUAGUACCAUUUAUGAAGGUAUAAUGGAAAUGAAGAGAGAGAAAGGACUCGCACUCCAAGACAUUCUCAAACAAAUGCUUCCAUACGUUGACCGAAUUCAUUUUCCGACUUAUCUUAAGAUUGAAGUGUUGGAGAAAAUGGCAGACAUUGAGUAUCAGUUGUCUUCGGGUGGCAAUGAGAAGCUACAGUUGGCAGCACUGGUGGCAGCCUUUCAGACGGCUAGGGAUGUAUCCAAGAAAUAAAUGAAUACCUAGUUCAGAAAUAAUUGAGAUUUUAUUUUCCUAAUAAUUUAACGUUAAAUGAUUUAUGAAUCAAAUGUAUACUGUAUUACGGGUACAGUAUUGCUCAUACCGUGAG